CUCGUUUUCUUCUUCUGUUUGCGAGAAGCCAAGAGCUUCGAAAAUAAAGAUUGAAAAGCCUUGUUUGAAGGCGUGUAAAGAUUCAAUUUCUGCAGUAUUUCAACCAAGUAACCUUAGCCAAGGAGUGGAUUCCACGCAAGCAGACCGACUCUUCAUGUUGGUAGCUCAAAGGGCGAAUUUCUCGUCGGUAAAUUGACCACCUUUUGAACAGGCCUCGUUUGAUUUGUAGACCAACACAGCAUCGAGCCGCUUUCAUCAAGUUUCUAUAGAAUUCUUGGUUCGCUGGUCGACCUCAGUCUACAAGUCAAACGUACUCGAAGCUAGUCUCUGGUCAGAAUCUCGCAUUCAAAGCUAUAAAUUGAAAUCAGCUGUGUAUUGUUCUGGUUUGUCAUUAUACUAGCUGUACGACUGUCCUCGGUAGUUCGUGGACUUGAACUGUUUGCAAAGAAGAAAACAUUUGCAAGUUUUGGUAACUAGAUAAGAAUUUGACAGUCAUCACGUUUAUCAUACUGUAGUUCAAAGUAUAAGGACUAGACUUUGGAGGGACAAAUUUCACUCGAUCCAUCUUGUCAGGACCUGUUCUGUUGUCCAAGAGAGCGCUCCCCAACUUCAGUAGUGUUUCUGUGAUUUAUUUAAGGUAUAAUUGCUCAGAUUAUGGACGAUCAGACUAGAACAGAAGAGAAAAUGUCUCUUCAUUCGCAUGAUUCAAUGGAUUUUAGUGCGAAAGCAGACUUCUCAGACAUUUCAAUUGCGGACCUUACUAAGCUUAUGAAAUGCCGAGGGGUGGAGGCGAGAGAACAUUUAUUGAGCAUGGGCGGUUUACAUACACUGGUAAGAAAACUUCAUACAUCUACCGAGAAAGGAAUAACUGGAUUCCCUGAGGAUAUUGAACAUAGAAAGACGGUAUUUGGCUCGAAUGUGAUACCCGCCAAACCACCUAAAACCUUUUUUGAGUUCCUAGUAGAUGCCUUCAAAGACACGAUCCUUGUUAUUCUUACGAUCGCCGCUGUAGUUUCUUUGUUGUUAGGAAUAUUUGCGCCAGAACACUGUGGAGGUGCRGAAGAUAACACCGGCUGGAUUGAUGGCUUUGCUAUCAUUGUUGCAGUUUUUAUCGUGGCUUUUGUCACCGCCAUCAAUGACUACCAGAAAGAACAACAGUUCCGUGGCUUGCAGAGCAAGAUUGAGGGGGAACAUAAGUUUACAGUGAUUAGAAAUGGAGAGCCUUCAGAAAUCCUCAAUUCAGAAAUCGUGGUAGGUGAUUUAUGCCAAGUUAAGUAUGGCGAUUUAUUGCCUGCUGAUGGUGUUGUUGUYCAGUGRAAUGACAUCAAGGUGGAUGAGAGCUCGCUGACUGGAGAAUCUGACAUGGUCAAAAAGGGUGACAAAGACCCCCUCUUCCUGGCAGGUACCCAUAUCAUGGAAGGAAGUGGUAAAAUGAUUGUCUCUGCCGUUGGUUUAAAUUCCCAGUCUGGAAUAAUUUUCUCCUUGCUUGGAGCAACUGCUAUUGAUCAUAAGGAUCCAAAUGUAGUUGAUGCACCCCCKCAGUCACCAGCAAUCAAAAAUGCCACUGGAAGCGCUGACUUUGAAGACAUCAAUUUAGAUGAUGAGGGUGAAUCAUCAGCUGAGAAUGGAAAGAAAAAAGAAGAAAAACAAGAAAAGUCAGUUUUGCAGUCCAAACUGACAAAACUUGCCGUCACGAUUGGCUGGUUUGGUGUAGCGGCUGCUCUUUUGACUAUCGUAGUAAUGGUAUUGCAGUUCAGUAUACGUACAUAUCAUGUUGAAGGCAAAAGCUGGGAUAAUACUCAUUUGAAUGCCUACGUAAGAGCAUUUAUUACAGGUCUUACUGUUCUGGUGGUAGCAGUCCCUGAAGGACUCCCUCUCGCAGUGACUAUAUCUUUAGCAUAUUCAGUAAAGAAGAUGUUGGACGACAAUAACUUAGUCAGGCAUUUAGAUGCGUGCGAGACCAUGGGCAAUGCAACAGCAAUAUGCUCUGACAAAACUGGAACUCUUACUACAAAUAGAAUGACGGUAGUUCAAGUUUUCCUUGGUGACACCCACUACAAGAGUAUUCCAAGAGCAAGUGACUUAACCCCUGAACUUGUUAAUAUCCUGUGUAAAGGAAUAGCUUUAAACAGCAGUUAUGCAAGCAAUAUUGUGCCUCCACAGGAAAGCAAAAAUGAAAGGCUUCCAACACAAGUUGGUAACAAGACAGAAUGUGCAUUGUUYGGUCUUGUGCUGGAAUUGGGAGAAACRUACCAAGACUUCAGAGAUGUCAAUCCAGAAUCUACCUUUGUUAAGGUUUUCACUUUCAACUCUGCAAGAAAGUCUAUGUCAACAGUCAUUCCUCUAGAGGGUGGUGGGUUUAGAUUGUUUACCAAGGGAGCCUCUGAGAUGGUACUUCGYCUUUGCACACAAAUUCUGGAUGCAAAGGGUGAACCUCAAGGCUUUGGCAAAGAAGAUCGUGAUAACUUAGCCAACAAYGUCAUUGAACCAAUGGCUUCUUAUGGUUUGAGGACCAUUUGUCUUGCAUACAGAGACUUUCAUCCUGAACCAGGCCAAGACAUUGACUGGGAUGAUGAACCUACCAUUCUUUCAAACUUGACAUGCAUUGCAAUAUCUGGUAUUGAGGAUCCAGUUAGAGAUGAGGUUCCUGACGCCAUCUUGAAGUGUCAGAGAGCUGGCAUUGUGGUWCGCAUGGUGACUGGUGACAAUGUCAACACUGCAAGAUCAAUUGCGAGUAAAUGUGGCAUUCUUCAACCUGACAAAGAUUUCCUUGUUCUUGAUGGUAAACAGUUUAACYUGCUGAUUAGAGAUAAAUCAGGCAAUGUAAACCAGAAGAAGUUUGAUGAAAUAUGGCCUAAACUACGAGUCCUUGCUCGAUCUUCUCCUCAAGACAAGUAUGUUCUUGUGAAGGGAAUCAUCGACAGCAAGCUUAAUCCAGCAAGAGAAAUAGUAGCUGUGACAGGAGAUGGAACUAAUGAUGGACCGGCACUCAAGAAAGCUGAUGUGGGAUUUGCAAUGGGAAUUGCUGGAACAGARGUAGCCAAGGAAGCAUCUGACAUCAUCCUAACAGAUGACAAUUUCCGUAGUAUUGUUAAAGCUGUWAUGUGGGGAAGGAAUGUGUAUGAUAGCAUCUCGAAAUUCUUGCAGUUCCAACUGACAGUCAACUUGGUAGCCAUAACUAUUGCCUUUAUUGGUGCUUGCACAGUUGAGGUCAGUCCGCUAACAGGAACACAGCUUCUAUGGGUUAAUCUUAUCAUGGACUCCUUUGCAUCAUUGGCCUUGGCAACCGAGCCACCCACUGAAGACCUUUUGACAAGAAAGCCCUAUGGUCGCAACAAACCAUUGAUAUCCAGAACCAUGAUUCGUAACAUCCUUGGUCACGCUGUCUACCAACUAAUAGUCUUGUUCGUUCUUGUAUUCAAAGGUCAUGAUUUUUUUGAUAUUGAAUUUGGUUUUGAACCGUCAACACGCUGCAAACCUACCAGCCAUUCUGCCAUUAUCUUUAAUACGUUUGUCAUGAUGCAGCUAUUCAAUGAAAUCAAUUCACGUAUGGUACAUGGAGAGAGAAAUGUCUUCAAGGGAAUCUUUAGAAACCCUAUAUUCGUCGGUAUCUUUGUUGGUACAUUUAUUGUUCAGAUCUUAAUUAUGCAGUUCACUGGUAAGGCCUUCCACGUGACUGGACUCAACUGGGAAGAAUGGAUGUGGACAGUCUUCUUGGGAUUUAGUUCGUUGAUAUGGGGUCAACUUGUUCUUACCAUUCCCAAGAAUUCCUUCCCUAAAUUGUGUCGGUUUGGAAGAGGUGGUGUUCCUUUGGAGCCAAUCAUUGAGCCUGAUGGUGGAAAAGACAGUCGUGCCAGGUUGCUAUGGAUACGUGGUCUCACCAGACUUCAGCAUCAGAUAAGGGUUGUGAACGCCUUCCGUAGCGUAAUCGAUGGUCGAAGCCAAAGAGCUAUUGCUUCACCGGCUGUGUUCAAUUCCCUUCUUGCUCCAGUACGUACUGCAAUGGUGAUCGACGAAAACCAGUACUCACUAGACAGGUAGUGUGACGCGGGUAUGACGCAAGAGGAUACAAGAUUGGUGGUAACUAUGACAACAGUGGAUUAAGUUUAACCUAGUGGGGCGUGGCCAGACAAUUCUUUUYAAAUCUUUAGGUAGAGAUGCACAAGUUUUUUGACCUUGUGAAUCUUGUACUAAUAUAUUCCACAUAAACAACUCAUAUCGUCCACUGAUGAAUGAUAUCGAUUUUAAAUCGUUAUUUUCAUUCUCGUGACCACUAAUUCCACGAGGUCGUACCGACUAGUCCUCGGCGGUGGUCGAUCCAGGGCAUACUCCUUUCUGCUCUUUACCAUAUGGGAGAAUGCGUUAUCAGGAUCCCUGCAUGCAGUUCGAAUAUGUUGCCUUUCCGGAAUUCAUUGGUGAUGUGUACGCUGUUCCCAUUCUCUGAUAUUUUUUUCGAGGUUUUAACGCUGAUAACACUUCGAUUCUUUGUCUGAUUACUCUAAACUCAUCAACUAUACUAAUUUUAGUAUGCUCUUUCUUAACUUACACGUAGACUUUGACUCGGCAACCGUCAUUAUGAUUUCUGGAAAGGCCAAAAACGACCGAAUGCGUACGAGAUGUACUUACGAGAACUUGUCGAUUAUGAGGAGAUUAAUUUUCUUGAUUUGCAGCCAUUUCCUAGAAAGUCAAUUCAACAAAGAAACAACGGGCAUGUUAUGGGUAUGAAAACAAGAAAAACCACGACUCACGGUAMUUUWUGUUAAGCUUUGUUUACUCUCURGGGAAAUGGUUUCAAAACAAGACUUACAGUGAAUACGUUUUCCCGAUAUCUGUGAUGCCGUUGCUUAUAUACACGUUUUCUGUACAGCAUUUAUAUUCUUCAAUUAUCAAGGGGUGUUUUAUUUUUGUAUAAGAAGACUGGCUCUUAAAAUCCGUACAACUACAUUAACAAAUUKAUAACAAACCAAAAUGCAUGAGACAGACUGAGAAGGCAUGCGUAUUUUAAACCCAUAAGGACUCCUUUGUCCGGUACCCAGCGCCAUCUUGAAAAGUAGCCAUAGUUUCUCUUGCAUUGAAGAAGAUAUUAAGAAGGUUGAGUAUGCAAUGAUAGACACAUGUAAAUAAUUGUUCUAAAAUGUCAUCUAUCACUGCAGUGUUUGUUUGGUCAGUUUGAUGCAAGCAAAGGCAAGGGUUACUUUGAAGAUGGCGGCAUAAAGAUAUGGUGUCAUUAUUUUGCAACAAUCAUUCCAGAACAUUUCAAAAACAGAGUUGUCAAGUUUCGGUGUCUAGAUAGGGAAGCAUGUACAAGGACCAAUUUUACUAAUAUACAUCUUUUAAAUAAUAAUUUCCCAUGACAACAUUGUAAGGCAUUGUCGACAUAGAUACCAAUAAUUCCAUCAACUUGUGAAAAUAGACAGUAAUGCUCCAAAUACGAUAUAUAUCUAACGUAUCACAUCACUGCCAAGUUGCAUUUUCGCGAUCUAAUGAUUUUUUUCCACAAUGCACUGCAGGUAUGGUGAAAAGCUCAAUAGACCUUUUUACUAAUAUGGAUACAAUGUUGAAUUAUGGGUCUUCCACGAAAUGAAAUUUGAAUCAUCUUUGCUAGAACGCGAGUAAACGCCCUAUAAAAGCGUCUAGKUUUUAUCCAGAUUUGAUUAAAUGCCGCCGUAUUGAAAGCUUAGCUUGUUGUCGUCUCACUCCACCUAGCGUUUUUGAAGUUUUAAAAAAAUCUUUGUAGAAACAUCCUUGAUUUGUACAAUAUAUACAAUUGACCAAUCCACACAUUUAUUGUUAUAAACCAUAACUAUGUCUUGUUUUACUACAGUUUUUUUACAUUUACGUUAAUUUUCCCGGCGCACAAUUUCACUGCUCUUAUAUAGUCUGGUAAUCUCAUUACUAUUCUUCAUUGAAAAAUGGCCGAUCUGAGACCGAAAGGUAUUGUGGGACACAACCCGUUUCACGAAACAACGAUUUUAUAUAAAAUCAGWUGAAUUUAGUGGAGAUGUUAGUGUUAUAAGCGUUAGUGUUAUAUAUUGUAUCAGAUCUUUCUUCCCUUCUCCCGCAUAAUAAUGUGUAACAACAUACAAACGUUUCCAAAAAUGCACUCUAUUUAAAAGCUCUCGAAAAUCAUACCCAUCAAACUAAGGUGUUUUCUUUCAUAYUACAAGCUCUUUUCUGGCAAAAGUGGAGAGAAUUUCACUGUAUGAAAUCGUUGUUUCAGAUCGCGCAUUCGACAGUCACGCAGGACAUCAAUAACGGCAUAAUAUAGCAAUGCAUAUUGAUGUUACAUAAGAUAUUUAAAAUUCAUACUUAGAUUGUUUCUUAUUACGAUAAAUGAUAUUAAUAAAUUGCUGUCGGCUCGAUACCACAAGUAUCUCGAGAUUAAUAGGCCUAAGCUCUGCUAGGUACGUGUAUUAUUGUAGGUUUUAUUCCAAUUCGCUAUAUAUGGUGUUGUCAAUCCUCGAUGGUAUUUGGGGAUAUAACUUAUGUUCAAAUAAAAGAAGGUGAAAUAUU